GACCCGUCCCCGGGGUGCGGGAGGGAUGGCAUUGCCGGUCUCCUCGGGCAUUGGUGUGUGUGGCUGUUGGGGGUACUCGGGUGCAACGCUGGCUGCAGGGGGACCUGCCUGGCUUUGCUUUGCAAACCUCUUGGCUUGCACACGCCUUGCGCUUCAAGUACUCUAUAACAGCCCUGCACUCAAUGGUACCUGUAAUUGCAUAGGAAGCAGACUAGAGGGGCGAUUUUAGUGUAGUGUUGCUCUAAUUAAGAACAGGGAUUACUAGUAGAGGUUGUUUAUAGUAACUUAAAUAUUUGGAAGAUUAAGUAAGCUGCAUAUCUUAGUGUAGUAGAAGUGCUCACCUGCAAAAUGCAAUGUGAGCCUUUCAAUUGAAUAUACAGAACUUGGGGGAGGGGGCGGUUACUUAAGACAGAUUGUAGAAAAUAUGGGAAGUAGUAAGCUUUGGAUCAAUGAUACUCAGACCUCAAUGGUUCAGGAGUCAAAUUAGUGAUAAACAUUGCCCAAAAGAUCCACACUAGUGAGAAUUCAUUGUUUACAUUUACUGUAGUGCUAUUCACAAUAAACAGUGUGAUGGGAAAUAUUUAAUUUUUGUGUAUGUAUAUAGUAUUUUCACUGCCAAGUGAUUUACCAAGUAUUAUUUUUAUUAACUACAGUUGGUUGUUAACAUAGAAGUAUCCAGAUUGAAUAAUAAUUAGUGUUUUAUCAUGUGUUGCAAAAACUUGAAAGAGUUGCAUUAACAGCUACAUCAGUCUGAGUAUCACUGCUCUAGAUGCUUGUUACUGGGUGGGUGGGAGUCUGUCUUUUACAAGUUUUUAAAAAUUCAAAUGUAUGUUUAAAAUUGUUGCAUGUUCAAUUCAUACUUUUUAACGAGUCCUUGAUGUUUCAAUUUAAAAGUGACCAGUGGGGCUGAGGCUGUGUCCACUGAGGCUAAGAUGACUGCCUUUCCUGAUUGGCCAUGGCUUUUCCAUACAUUGUGUGACCCUUGCCCUAUGACCCUUUGGCUGACCUUACCGGAAGCCAUGACGACAGCAGCCUUUUGCCAUUAGACGCAGGGUGAUGGUGAGGAUUCCAAGGGUUAGACAAAACUGGUUAAACUGAACUAGGUGACUGUUACCUUGCGUGUUUUGUGGCCAACCACCAAAAACCUCAUACUGUGAUGUAAGUACUUAGCAUAACUAGUAAACGUUUUUGUAAAAUGUAGAAUUGCAUGUAAUCAGUUAAGUUUUAUAUUUUACAAUGUUCUGUAAAAUAAAACUUAGCAAGGUAAAUCUAAUAAAGGAGCAGUCACUCUCUAACUGAUCUUAGGAGCACAGACUGGUAGGAUUUUAGUCUAUUUGAUUUGCCAUUAAUAUAGAUCACGGCAAAAUUGCAACUUUGUAUGAGGUUUAGAAAGAUAAUGAAUUCCUACUCCUGUAAAUAUAAUGUGUAACUAAUUUUUUCAGAAUAUUUAGCUGCUGUCACAUUGAGACAAUCUAAUUUUGUUUCUUUGUACAAUAAAGGUGGGAGUGGUGGAGGCAGUGGAUAUAGCAGUCGGAGACAGUCAGGAAGAGAUAAAUAUGGACCGCCUGUUCGUACAGAAUACAGACUGAUUGUUGAAAACCUUUCCAGUCGUUGUAGUUGGCAGGAUUUGAAAGAUUUUAUGAGGCAAGCUGGUGAGGUAACUUAUGCGGAUGCUCACAAAGAACGCACAAAUGAAGGGGUAAUUGAAUUCCGCUCUUACUCUGACAUGAAGCGUGCUCUGGACAAAUUGGAUGGCACGGAGAUAAAUGGCAGGAAAAUCAGACUGGUUGAAGACAAGCCACGGACAAGCCAUAGACGAUCUUAUUCUGGCAGCAGGUCAAGGUCACGAUCUCGGAGAAGAUCACGCAGCAGAAGUCGUAGGAGUAGCCGCAGCAGAUCCCGUAGUGCCUCAAAAAGCCGCUCGCGAUCUAAAUCCAGGUCAAGAAGCAAAGAUCGUUCACGUUCCAGAUCUAAAAGCAGGAAGUCUAGAUCAAAGAGCAAAUCCAAACCCAAGUCUGAUCGAGGCUCCCGCAGCAGAUCCAAGGAGAAAUCCGAGAAAUCUCGAAGCAGGUCUAGAUCUGUGUCACGCUCUCCCAAAGAGAAUGGUAAAGGAGAGGCUAAGUCUAAAUCCAGAUCAAGAAGUAGAUCUCAUUCGAAAUCACCACAGCAGCAACCACCUGCCAAGGCUCGCUCUGAGUCACCACCCAAAAGAGCUGCAUCAAGGUCCCGCUCCAGAUCUCGCUCAAAAUCUCGCUCACGAUCAAGAUCUAGUUCAAGAGAUUAAGACUAGAACUCUCCUCUUACUUUGCACACUAUUAUGGAACAUUUUCCUACUUGCCAGGCCAUUAAUCUUUUAUGUUAGUACUUAAGAAGUUGGUUUCUUCUCUUGGAGAAGGGAAUGGCCUGAGAACCAAGUAAUGAGGCAUAUCUAAAUUUGAUGAAAAGAUGAGGUUGUACAGAAAUGUAAAAGCAGGAGACCCCCCCCCCUUUUUCUAGAAAUA